UGAAACAAAAAAAGUUCAUAUUAAGAAACACCUUGUAUAUAUUAAAGAAAGAAUUGAAAUAGAUAACUUCUCUCUGUAAUGAAUUCAAUGAAAAGUUACAAUUAUGUUACAAUGUAGUAAUAUAUUUUAAUUAUUUGUUUAACUAUUGUAACCUGUCUAUUUAACUUAGAACUUUGAUAGAAUUUUUAGUUGCGAAUGCAUCGCACGAACGAACAAAACAUGAUAUGCGAGUGUUCUUUGCGUUAUUGUUGACGCAUUAUUUUCAUUUUGUAAUAUUACUAAGUAUAAAUAAUGAAUUAACUUUCAAUAGAUUGAAUGAUAUUAAAUAUAAUAAGAAAUGUAUUCCUAAAACGUAUAAGAAUAUUAAUUUCUGUUACAAAGAUGAUUAUACGACACAAAAAUAUGUUCAUUCAUUAAUUAAUCAAACAAUAUUUGUUAAUAAAUCAAAAAUGUAUCCUCUUAAAUUACAAUCAAAACAUGUUUACACAUUGGAAAAAUGCAUUAAUUCUUUUGAUAAAUAUCAUCAACGAAAGUUACUUAUUUAUGAAGAAAAAGAUAUUUCUGAAUAUUUGUCUACAUCUAAAAAUGAUUGGAAAAUUAAUGAGAUAACGACAUCACAAUAUUUUCAUUUACGACAAAGAAAACAGAAUGAUUUUGAAAACGAUGAAGAAACAACUAACGAAGAAUAUUCAGAUGACUGGGAUGACUGGGAUGAUUGGGGUGCUUGGGGUCCAUGUAGUGUUACUUGUGGAUGUGGACAACAAGUUCGUUGGCGUCAUUGUAUUACAGAUGAUUGCAUUAAGGGUUUAAAAAGAGCACAAAUAAAAACUUGUCAUCUUAAACCAUGUGAUAAAGGUUUCUUAAGUUGGUUGGGCAUUAAGCUUAAAUGAAACUUUUAAGUCAUAAAAAUCAAUUUCUAAUUAUUAGAUUGAUUUUUCCAAAUGGUUGACAUUAAAAAGUUUCAACAUUUGAAUUUAUAAUACUAUUUUGUGGAUUUCGCAUGAAAAAUGAAAAAAAGGUU